UUAUUUUUUAUUUUCUUAAUAAAAAUCAAAUAACGCGUUAAAUAAAUUAGCAUCAUGUCAGCAGGAGAAACACAACCGAGUGCUAUCGCAAGGUUUACGUCUCCCAGUAGUACCAUGAAUAACAACAAUAAGAAAUAUCCCGGAACUCCAAAGAGCCCAUUGGCGAAUGCAAACACAAUAGGAAACCGUAACUCACAGACACGUCAAAGGUUACUCUCAAGCAAAAUAUCAGCACCUCGUCCAAUGAACUUACCAAGCUUACGAAGAGAACAUGCGGUUGGUACAGAAGUACCUGCUUCCUCUCCUGCAACCUCACAUGGCUGGGGUUCAUCUACUGCUAGUUCACCCUCCACUCCAUUUAUACAACCCACCGAGAUUAGUAAACCUACUGAACAACCUGUGGUUACUUCUCCUGUCAUAAAACCAGUUGAAUCAACAAUAGAUUCCCCAUCGGAGGUAGAUCCUGCAUCAUCACCCACUCUUACUAGCUCACAGUCCUCUACGGCUCGUGCUUGGGCGGUUCCUACGGUAGCUGAACCUACAGUGAAACCACCUUCAACAGAUUUCCCUACUGCUGCUGAAGCUGCUGGAAAAAAAAAUCCGUCAUUAUAUGACGAUAAAGAGUACUUAAAAUACGCUUCAUCAGAUCCAAAUCAUACAUCUUGGGACGAGAUGGUUAGUGAAGACUUGGAUGAUUUUCAAGUGGAUGUUGUUGAAUUCGAUGACGGAACUAAAGUUCAAGUAGAUGGAUCUGAAGAAUCAAUAAACCCUGUAUCACCAUCAGAUCGAUUUACAGAGGAUUACGACCGUAGCUAUCCGCCAAGACAGAGCAACGAAUCUGCAGAUCAUGGAUAUACCAAAGCUUCAUACCGUCGCUCAGAAGAUCAUGGUUAUAACUCUAGAUAUAAUAGCAGUGUACAUGGUUAUGAUAACAGACGCCAUAGUACAAAUGUAUCAAAUGAUGAAAGGCGCCCUUCCACUACAACACCAACAAAUGAUCGAUGGAGUCGAAGAGAAAGUGUUGAUAAUAAUGUCAACAACAAUACAUCCUGGUCAAAUAACGCUAACAGACGUUCUAGUCAUGAUAGAAAAAGUGGACCUCCUCCCGCUCAUGGUAACGUUGCGUCCACUUCAACUCUUUAUCAUCCUACUUUGUUGCAAAGACCCCGACGACUUUCAGAACAAAGCAUUAAAUCAGAUCAUUCCCGAGAAGAGCAGUUGAAUCCAUUGCAAAUUAUAUCAGAACCUGUUACCCAUGAACAACCACAGGAAGCAGACGAAGAGAUAUGCGCGGUUCAGAGAGAAGUCAUGUUAAGUGCGGCUGAACGGGCAAAAAAGCGUAGAGACGAAGAGGAAGCAGAGCGCGAAGCAGCUCGUGCUCGUGCUAAGCAUAAGGCAGAAUUGAUGGCCGAACAAGCCCGUUUAAAAGCUGAAGCAGAUUCUAAGAAAGAUAAAUCAACUACGAAAGAAGUGCUGGUUAAGAAAGAAAUGCCUGUGAAGAUAGAAGCACCUGUAAUCAAAAUUGAGAAGAAGCCUGUUUUCACUGAGAUUGAAAAAAGGCCAAAAUCUAAAUCGCCACCUCUACCAUCAACAACAGCGGCAGCAGCAACAGUAGCAACUGAAAAGAAAAAAGAGUCUAAGCCAACAUUACCAUCAAAAACCCAUAAACCAACCGAGCCUGUAUCAUUACCCGACACUAGUAAGCCUUGGAAUUUAGUUGCCGCGAAUAAGGACGCCAUGACAGACAAGCAGUCUACCCUCAAAAAGGAGGCUGUUAAGCAGUCAACCGAACCGAAGAAGGACAUUGUUGUGCGAACAGUUGAUGAAAACGGAAUUCCUCUGACAAAAGACGAGCAAAAUUGGGAGGUCUUUGUAGCUGCUGUUAAAACAAAUGUCACACCACCUCUUGCUAAGACGGAGGCUUCCUGCAGUGCUUGGAAUUCAUACGCUACUCGAUUACAAGAAUCCGAAAUUGAGAAACAGGCAUUAUUUAACGCAAGACACAAAGCGAAGAAUCCCGAAAAUAUUGUCGAAAUUGUUGACUACACACAAAAUGAAGACUGGGGUACCAUCCCCUCUCAUAUCACUCAAGGUAAAGGCUAUGAUCGUGGAUGGACGCGUAACGAUGAAGAGCAUGGUGGCUAUAAUAGAGGUAAUCGUGGUGGUCGUGGGCGCGGAGGUUUAGAACAUGGAAGUCGAAGUAGUCGUGGAAGGGGAAGAAACUCUAUCUCCAACAAUUCCGUUCAAAAACAACAAUUUGAUGUGACUAACAGUGGUGAUCAUUGGCGCCAACAUAGCGGUGUCACUGCAGAUGGAGAUGAGCCUAAACAGCCUGUUGUUAAGGAAAUCUUGAAGCACGAACCUGCCGUUGUCAAGGCACCCAAUGCAACAAAGCAACGCCAAGAAGAAUCUAAAGAAACCAAAAAUAUGGCUAUUACUUCUAAUACUUGCUUGUCAAGCCCUUGGUGGGAAAGAUCAUCCAGCCCCAUAUUUCCCCAUGCCGUCAAGAAGUUAAUUGGUAAAAAGCCGAAUAAUAUGCGUUUCUUAUUGGAAACAGAAGAUUCUGAUACAGAUAUUACAAUGAUGGAUCGAAUCAUAAGCGACAGCCAACAGGAAGUAACUCGUGAGCAACACGUUGAAGAUGCCGACAAAACCAUAAACGAGCAAGUUGAGUUAUCGGACAUACACGAACCAGCGACAGGCGCAGCAACAGAUGCGAGCCAUAUCUCUGAGACUGUGGAUGAAACGAGUGAGACAAGCAGUACAACAUCGACACCACCGAGAGUACAAUUUCCAAACAACGGUCCUAUAAAGUCAGAUUCAACAUCGCCUCGAAGAAUGAAUGUGAACCCUAAUUACCCAGUCUUGGUUUACCAAUACCCAGUUUCUCAACAGCAGCCACAACAUUCUGAAGACGUGAGAUCUAAAGGCAUUCAACAACGACCUGUAGGUGUAUAUCUUAUGCCACAACAGCAAUAUGCCACUGGAAAUCAAUAUAUGAUUCCCUAUCCCCAGGUGGGAACAGGAGUCCAACCUGUCUACUUUCCUGCAUUACCUUGGCAGCAGCAAAACUAUAACAACAACUCAGCAUCAACACCUCGACCUCAUUAUGAACAACGUCGGCCGUACAAGUCCUCUGACGACAUGAUGAAUAAUAAUAGUGAGUGGGAAGCCAUAUCUAAUAGUAAUGGGUACCAGUCACACCGUUACAACAAUACUAACACAUCAUAUCAACGGGGGAACUCACAUCGUAAACGUGGCGCAUGGGCUAACUCAACUAAUCCAAGAGGAAGGGGUAAUUACGCAUAUCAACCAAGAAGAUAUCCCGAUGCAAAUACACUUGUAAACACACAAACCGCAACUCCUGAAAAAUUGUAAAAAAAAAAAAAAAUGAAAUAAUAAGAACAAAACAUAUGCUGCAUAAUGAGAAAUAAAAUAAAAAAAAAAAAA